CAUUGACAGAUAUCUGUCAGUGUUUUGGCAGAAAUCAAAAGCGAUGUAUGUUUAUAUAAAUUUAAAAUAAAUGCUUUGUUUACACUGGUAAAAUAAACAUUCUUUACUGUACGGAUUAAAUCAGGAUAGCUCUUAAUCCUAAAUUGGGUGUCAUUACAGAAUAAGAUGGCUGAUAAAAAGAAAAAGAUUUUAUUUACAAAAGUUGAAACAGCGACAAAAAGACCAAUGAUAUUAAAGUCUGAUCGUGAAGUUGUAAAGGAUCAAAAUAAGGAUAAACAGGAAAAGGAAAAGCAACCUACAAUAAUUUUAAAGACUCGAGAGCAAAGUGCAACAAAAGAGGAGCGUCCCCAGAGUCCUAAAGCCCAGACAUCUGAAAGUGAUGGGUAUCAUCCACAAAAGAUAGCUCAAAAUGAACAUAAGGACAAAAAAAAUACUGAAUCAAAAUCCCCACCCAUACUGAAAUUGAUGACAAAGCCGGUCAAGUUAUUGGAUGAAAAUUUGGAAUUUAAUCAAUCUGCAUUAAAGUAUCUAGAAGAUUGUAACACUAAUUACUUAGUUGUUGGCAUUAUGGGGAUGCAAGGUGUUGGCAAAUCGAUGAUAUUAAAUCUCAUCGCACAGAAUACACCAAUACCAGAUCUUUGCUCACAGAUUUUGAAUUCUCAUGAAAUACCAAACACAACGGAAACUAGUGAUGUUGCCAUUGAAAAUCAAACGGAAAAUGUAAACCCGUCAAAUGAAUCAAGUGAACCCAAUAAUAGUUUUUUCAAGUUUAAAAUGCAAGAUAUAGAACAGAUAGAAAGAGGCGCCCACUGUACUAAAGGGGUGGACAUGUAUGUAACGAAUGAUCGUGUGAUAUUAUUGGAUUGCCAGCCGUUGUGGUCUCCAUCUCUUAUUGAUGAAUCCAACAACAUAGCAAUGAACCCGAGAUGUGCCAACAUCGUGACUGUGGAUUGUCUGGAAAUUGCAUCAUUUUUAAUGUCAAUAUGUCACGUGUUGAUAGCUGUGCAGAAUUGGUUCACGGAUUAUAACUUUUUAAGGUAUAUACAGACAGCUGAAAUGUUGAAGCCGACACUAUCAGCGUCCAGCGCGGCGAGCGCGACGAGCGCGGCGAGCGCCGGCGCCGGCGCGGAGGCGGAGUGCGGCGGCGAGGAGAGCCAGCCGCACCUGCUGCUGCUGCACAACUGCUGCCAGCUGGAGGACUUCGCGCCCGACGCUGUCCGCGCCGCGCAGGACCUCUACAGGAAAGUAUUUCAGAAGUCCACGCUGCAGUUAAACUCCGGCAUGUACAUGUACAGCGAUACAAAUAGGAACGGCCUCCACGUGGACCAAGUGUGCAAAGGUUAUAAUAUAGACAACUGUGGACCGCCCAUCAAUUUGUUCCUACUUCCAGAGAUUUAUAACGAUUUUGAUAACAAAGAUAUAUACCGAGGUCAUCCGUCAUUUGAACAAUUAGCGAAAAGACUUCGUUGGCUCGUAUUAGGAGUUAACAGACAUCAGAUUACAAAUGUACCAAAUUUGUCAGAAAAAGGCUGGUUCCAGUACUGCAAUAAAGCUUGGGAAACAAUAAGGAAAUGCACAUUUUUCAUUGAGUAUGAAAGAUUAUUACCUUGAAAGCGGAAUCUUCCUCGCGAAAUCUUUCAUUACGUAGAUAAAAACGCAGGUGUACUAAAAAUAAUACAAGAGUACGGUCGAAAGAAUUUAUUUAAGAUAACAUGAAAUGACUUUUAGGUAUUGGACCCAAUAAAAGUUUCUCAAAAUAA